AUGUCCUUCUCCGUUUCCUCUGGAACGAAACCGAAACCCCAAAUUGCCCUCCCGCAGCAACCGCCGCCGCCGCCGCCGCCGUCCGCCAUGGGCACGGAGGUGGUGCCCGUGGUCGACCUUGGCGCGCUGUCCCAGUCGGAGCUCGUGGCGCUCGCGGCCGCGUCGCCCUACGCCGUCGACCCCCGCCGCGGGCGCCGCGACGCCGACCUCCUCCCGCCCCCUAAGAUCGAUCGGGCCGUCUUCAACGAGAGUGCCGGCUCCCGCAAGCAGACCUUCUCCCGCCGCCGCGCCGCCACCAAUCUCUCCCACAAUCUCACCCCUAGCACCGCCUCCUCCUCCGCCAUCGCCGCCCCCACCGAGGAGGAUUCCGAGAACCGCCUCAUCGUGUUCCACCUCCAGCAGCUCUUUGCGCGCGACGACCCCUCCUACCUGCCACCACCACCGCCGAUUCCACUCCAACAGCUACCCCCGAUACCCAUACCCGCACCCACGAUACCGGUGCCCGCACUCCCCGUGGCCUCCACCGUGCCGAUCCAGCAGCUCCCGGACCCAGACCGGGAGUUGACGAACCCCAAGGGGGUGUCUGUUGAUUUGGCCAGACUCGCGGAGUUGGUGGAUCCGUAUGGGGAGGAGAUACGGAAUCGGACUGCAGGACUGGCUCUGGAAUCCGAGCUGCUGGGUUUCAUGAAUGAGUUGGAGGGGCAGUGGGGGAGCCGGAGGCGACGGAGGAAGUUUGUGGACGCAGCCAUAUUCGGUGACCACCUGCCCUGUGGUUGGAAGCUAAUCCUUGGGAUUAAGCGGAAGGAGCGUGCUGCCUGGAUCAAUUGCCGCCGCUAUGUUAGCCCCAGGGGACAUCAGUUCGCUACUUGCAAAGAAGUUUCUUCCUAUUUCAUGUCACUUCUUGGAUAUGUGGAGGCAAAGCCAACUACUGUUCAGAACAACGAUGUGGGAGUUCAUGACUUGAGUGCUGUUAACACUGCAGGUCUUCACCAGCAAAAUGAUUCAACUGGGGACAUGCAAAGUGCAGUGUCAGCCACUUCUGUUACAUUAUCCAUUCACAAUGGUGAUUCUCAGGGACAGAGACAACCUUAUAAAGAUGAAGCUCUGAUAGAAGCAGUCAAGAAAGAGUGCAAAAAAUGCAAAUUGACUUUUGAGGACCAGAGUUCCUAUGUGCAGCAUCAGUUGUCCUUUCAUCAAAGGAAAGCUAAAAGGCGCAAGGUUGAUAAAUCUAUUGGCCUGGGAGUCGGUAAAGAUGAAAAGCUCGAGACUCAGGAAAGUCAGAGGACCUCUGAAGAUAAGCCUGGCUAUUCUGGCCAUGGUGUAGCUGAUGUUAAAAGUCAAGGUCAGAUUCCAGCAGAACUGUUUGGCGGAGCUUCUUCAGGAGAUGUAGGUGCUGAACUAUCCUUGGCUGAAGCGCCAUGUGGGUUGCAAGAGAUAACUGGCUUGCCUGAACAGGAAGAAGAGCCUACUGGCUUGCCUGAACAGGAAGAAGAGCCUACUGCUGGAGAGCCUGUCUCUGGGCAUCAGAAGGACCUUCCUCAGGAGACUACUGGUUUACCUCAACAGGAAAAAGAACUUUCUGCUACAGAGCCUUACGCUGGGCAUCAAAAGGAACAUGUUGACAAUUCUGGUGACCAUGAAAUCCAUGAUGGAGCAUGUCAUAUAGCUGAAGAGCCCCUUGCCUUUGAUGCUCCAAGCAACCUUAGUACUUGCAAGUCUCCUGAACCAGAAGUUCAUGAGCAUGACAGAUCAAAAGAUUUGGAAUUUUCCAUUGCAGAUUGCUCUGGAAGUUUUGACAGGUCUCAUGAAAUCUCUAAGAUACCUCAGGACGUUCCAUGUACUACAGAUGCUCCAGGUGAAAGAAAAAGCGCAGAUGAUCCAAUGGACUGUGCUGAUAUAACACUGCCAAAACGAGUUCCUGAGCACUGUGAUAUGCUGGAUCGCAAAUUUAGAGGUUUUCCUGGAGAAACUGGUUUUAAUCACCAGGUGGAAGACAAUCCACUGUCUGCCAACUUGGAUGAGCCUGAUCUUAGUUCCAACAGCAUGGAGGUAGAUGACAGCAAGAUAGCUUGCAAGUUUGGCGAUGUGCUGAAUCCUACUAGCUCUGAAUAUGAUAAACCUGUUGUGGAUCAAAUUGAUCGUGGAGUGACUGCCUUGAAAAAUGAUGCGAUCAACAUUGAUAAUGGGAUGAACAUUGAUGUCAGAAUAAAGGAGGUCAACCUCAAUUCAUGUUUAGAUACAAUAUCUUCUCCUGUUUCUGGUGCAAACUGUGAAACUUCUAAUCCCCUUCAUGAUGGCAAUCGAUCGUCCAUUCUUGCCCAAUGUUUUGGUGCUAGCUCUAAUGAUGAAAAUGUUUGUCAGGAUGAAAGUUUUGUCAAUCAGAACAAUGUUUCUAAGGCUGAAAUUUUUGUCAACCAGAGCAAUGACAUGGUGUAUCAAUCCAAUUUGAACAUGAACCCUAUCUCUCCUCCUCAAAUUAGUGUGGAUUAUUUCACUUCCUGCUCAAUGAAUUCUGGAAUUAAGAACCACGACAACCGACGUGAUGAUAAUGCCAAGGAACAGUUUGUGAACUCACGGAACAUAUCAAGUAAUGAACCAGGUUUUGAUGCUGAAGCUUACAGCAAUGACAUCUUUACUGGUGCUAUGGCAGAAACUAGCUUUGCUCAGCUAAAUAAUGCUAUGAAUAUGAAGACUGAUUUCUCAAGCUGCUAUUCAAUAUCUGAUCUAAAUACGCUGACUGGUGGUACUACAACUGAUGGAAUUGAUUUCCAUGGUAUGAGGAGUUCUUUUGUAAGUGGCUCCACCAGUCGCAGUGAACCAAAUGAACUUGAUUUUGAUAUCAAGGGUUCCAUGCUCGAGGCUCUUGAAAGAUCUGACAGCGACCUGGAAACUCAGUACAAUGGUGGCGAUCCUGCCAUUGACUCACUCCCUGCGUCGGGUACAAGUGGGAGUGUCGAUGAUUUUAUGUCCAUGCACACCAAUUUUGGUAGCUUGACCUCUCUGGUUCGUUCCGUUGAAGGUGGUCCAAUGAGCAGACUUAUUCAAGAUCAGUGCGAUUUGCAACUUGGAUUUGGUGCACAGAAGCAGCAAAUAUAUCCUAGUUUUGAGGAGCACCUUCGGAUGGCCUCAGCUGGAGCUCCGCAGUUCGGGAACAUGGGCAGGCACAAUCCCAUGCCUGUGCCUGUGCCCGUGCCUGAGCCGACACUGAUGCUAGGCUAUGAGCCAACGUUGAUGCUGGGUUAUGCACCGCAGUUUGGGAGCUGCCCUCCGGUCCAGUUAGGUUGGGACCUGUCCAAGAUGGUUGGCGUGCUCCAAUCCGUAUGUGUGUGGUGCAACACAAGGUUCCAGCAUUUUGGCACUGCCGAGCAGCAGAAUGACUCUGUUGGCUUCAUUUGCCCCACGUGCAAGGACAAGACAUCCAGUCAUCUUCGCAUACUCAACAAUGGUUCAUCGCUUUAGCAUUCGAUCUCUGAUGCUGUUUUCAUCAUAUGUAGUCUGAUUUUUUUCUUCUUCACGCGGGGAUCAUGUAGGGUAGACUGGAACCAGAGCUAGCAAAUUCUAGUGUGUGUGCGGUGGUUACGUUGACCGGUUUGGCUAUGUUUAAAUGACACUGUUUUCCGUCGUCGACUGAUUUGGCUAUGCAGCAACGUAAUGUGUGAUAUUUUUAAA